AUGGCCAUGGAAGUUGAAGAAGGCAGUGCAGCUGAAAGUGAAGAAAAUGACAAAACAGAAGAGAAUAAAACAGAUGGUGAUGAUGAGGGAGACCAAAAACCAGAUCCUGUGCACCGUGUACCACGCAAGAGACCACAGAGAAUACGUGUGGGGCUUGAGAGUGAUUCUGAUGAAGAAGUCGGCAAAAGCAGGAAAAACAGAGCAAAUCAGAAAUCCAAAGAGGAGGGUGGUGAAGAUGGUGAAGAUGAAGAGAAAGGAGGCAAAAAAGGGAGAGGCAAAAAUGACAAGAAAAAUGAUAAGAAAGGGAAAAAAGAGAAGGCCAACAAGAAAAAGAAGGAUAAAAAGAAGUCAGGUUCAGGCUCUGACUCUGACUCUGAAGAAGAGCCAAUUACAGAGGAAGAACUGGCCAAACUGAAGGAAGAAGUAGAAGAGAAAAAGAAACUAAUUGCCACAUUACGAAACAAACCAUGGAAGAUGAAAAAGAAAUUAGCUGUCUUGAAGGAAGCCCAACUUUUUGUUGAAAAAUUUGAGGGUGCUCUUGGAAAAGGAAAAGGAAAAAAAUUUUAUGCAUACAAAGUAAUGAUGAUGAAGAAAUGGCUGAAAUUUCAACGAGAUUUUGAGAAUUUUAAAACUGCCUGCAUACCAUGGGAAUUUAAAAUCAAGGAGAUUGAAAGUCAUUUUGGCUCUUCAGUGGCUUCGUAUUUCAUAUUCUUGCGUUGGAUGUAUGGAGUAAAUAUGAUUCUCUUUGGCCUGUCCUUUGGACUUGUAAUGAUACCUGAGGCAUUGAUGGGGAAACCAUAUGGCACUUUACCUAGAAAAACUGUCCCAAGAGCUGAAGAGGCAAAUGCUAUGAACUUUGCUACUUUGUGGGACUUCAGUGGCUUUGCACAGUAUUCUGUGCUCUUUUAUGGCUAUUAUGACAACAAAAGAACAAUUGGAUGGCUGAAGUUCAGGAUGCCGCUUUCAUACUUUCUUGUGGGAGUUGGAACCAUUGGCUAUAGCUUCAUGGUUGUCAUUCGAACAAUGGCAAAGAAUGCACAUGAUGAUGGUGGUGGGGAUGAUACAAGUUUUAAUUUCAGCUGGAAAAUGUUCACCAGCUGGGAUUAUCUGAUCGGCAAUCCUGAAACGGCAGAUAAUAAAUUUGCCUCAAUUACAACAAGCUUUAAGGAAGCCAUUGUGGAGGAGCAAGAGAGCCGAAAAGAAGAAAAUAUUCACUUAACUCGAUUCCUGAGGGUUCUCGCUAACUUCUUUGCCUUCUGCACACUUGCUGGCAGCGGUUACCUCAUCUAUUUUGUUGUGAGAAGAUCCCAGCAGUUUGCCCUGGAAGGCAUGGAUAACCUUGGGUGGUGGGAGAGAAAUGAAGUGAACAUGGUCAUGUCCCUCUUGGGCAUGUUCUGUCCAACUUUAUUUGAUGUCAUCAGUUCUCUGGAAAACUACCACCCACGAAUAGCUCUCAGAUGGCAGCUGGGACGCAUCUUUGCUCUCUUCUUAGGCAAUCUGUAUACGUUCAUUAUUGCCCUCAUGGAUGAUAUUAACCUCAAGCUCGAAGAAGAGAAAAUAGUGAGAUAUAAUAUGACAAUAUGGGAAGCCAGCCUCUACAAUGGUACAAUCCCAGAGAAUGCCACAGCUCCUCCAAUACAGGUGGAUCCUGCAGAUGUUCCUCGAGGACCAUGUUGGGAAACAAUGGUAGGGCAGGAAUUUGUGCGACUGACAGUCUCUGACACGGUGACGACGUACAUCACGAUUUUAAUUGGCGAUUUCCUGAGAGCUGUCUUUGUCAGGUUCUUCAAUUACUGCUGGUGCUGGGACUUAGAAUAUGGAUUUCCUUCUUACUCAGAGUUUGAUAUAAGUGGAAAUGUGCUGGGACUGAUCUUCAACCAAGGCAUGAUCUGGAUGGGUUCUUUUUAUGCUCCGUGCCUUCCAGCUAUCAACAUAUUUCGUCUCCACACCUCCAUGUACCUGCAGUGCUGGGCUGUGAUGUGCUGUAAUGUCCCUCAGGAGAGGGUCUUCAAAGCCUCCAGAUCCAAUAACUUCUACAUGGCCAUGCUGCUGUUUAUUCUCUUCCUCUCCACGCUGCCUGUUGUGUACACUGUUGUUUCUAUCCCACCAUCUUUUGACUGUGGCCCAUUCAGUGGGAAAACCAGAAUGUACGAGGUCAUUGGAGAAACCUUGGAGCAUGACUUCCCUUCCUGGUUUGCAAAAGUGUUUGGUUAUGCCUCUAACCCUGGAUUGAUUCUGCCCUUCAUAUUGCUCAUGGUCUUGGGUAUCUAUUAUCUCAAUGCUACAUCCAAAAGCUACAAGGAGGCUAACUUGGAGCUCAAAAAGAAGCUACAGAUGCAAGCUGAAGAAAACAAAAAGAGAAAUAAGCAAAAAGCACAAAAAACAAAUGAGAUGGAAGAAAACCCACUCGACCCAGACCCACCACAACCCAAGCCAAAAAAAGAAGAGACCUCUUCAGCAAAUCAAGCUAAUGGUGAAGCACAGAAGACAACAAAUCCCCCCCAGCAGCAAGGUCCUGCUCCUAAUGGCCGCUAUCCCUCACAGGGAAGAGGGGAAAACCUUGCUCCACCUCCUCGUGUAGCAGUAACUCGGCCUCCAGCACCAAGAGGGCCUGACAUGCCUGGACAUGCCUCAGGUGUUCCUAGAGGACAACCAAGAAUGCCAAUGGGUCCUCCUAGAUAA